UUCCAACCCUUGACUAAAAAAUAUCUUUUUUUGCUGUUGCCCGCCCAACCAGCCAGCCCAGCCCAGCCACAUCCAAUCAGAUCAGCGGUCUGCACCACCCGACUGCACCACUCCAGCCUCCUCCCCCCCGACUGUUCUGAUUUUACGACGUUUUUCCACCCCCGACAUCGUAUCGCCCACACAUCCAUUGCAUUGCAACGCAAGGCUGAAGGCCCACAACCGAACUUGAACUGUUCAGCCUCGACACCCCCCCUUGGCCCGCGCAACUUCGCAAACUUGUGAGUGGUGGCAACGUUUUUUUAUUUUUUUUAUUUUCUUCCCCCCCUUCUUUUCCGAUUUUCUUUUCCCCUCAUCCCCCGACCUGAUCCGACCCGACCGACGCGUGUGCACGUACCACCACUCGCGCCUCUCGCAACCCCAACCCUCGCGCAAUUGCCGACUUUCGAGUACUCCCACUCCACCUCAAUCGUCGUCGUCGCGCGCGCGCAUCGCAUCCGUCGCAUCGCAAACGCCACUAUUCGCAGUCGCUUCCAGGUCGCAAUUGCCUGCACUUGCGGCGGUUUAACCAGCCACUACUAGCUGUUGUCGUCGUCGUCGCACACAACACAACACAACACAACACUGCACCCACACACAUACACACUUGGCACUCGUGCGAUAGCACAUACACCACAACAUCAUCCAUUUGAUUAAACUUAUAUAACCAACUCAGGCUAUCAUCGAAUCAACUACUUUUGCAUCGUGUGCACGUCGUUUCGCUGACACGGUUUCUUCAGUUGUUUUGAUGCCCCAAAUCAUUGCUUAGAUACCCAUCCCCCCCAUUCAGUUGCGCACACACACACAGACUCAGAGAGUAUCCACGUGGAUAGCCUUUCAUCUCGUCUUCUAGCUUUUUCCUCAUCUUACUGUAUGGCAGUUAUGACAAGUCAACAAGCUGACGGCGGCGCGGCUCUGCCCGAGAAGCCCGUCACCAUGGCUACUGAGGCGCCUACCGCCGCUCCAGAUGCGCCAGUCGCAGAUGCACCCAAGAGUGAUGCUCCUGCUGCUGAUGCUGCUACUGCUGAUGCUACUGGUGAUGCGGCACCAACCCCUGAUGCGCCAGUGAAGGAUGUUGCAGAUGGUGAUCACCAAAAAGAAACAGAAGUGAAUGGCCACGACGACGCCGUCUCCCCUAAAACUCUUGUGCCAGAAACCAAAACCGAUAGUCUUCCUACUCCUAAAGACGAACCUUCGUUGGAAGAAGCACAGACCACACCAGCCAAGAAGGAAGAAGACGCCCCCAAAGCGGAAGAGUCGAAGGAAGGUGAGCGGAAGAGUGACGAGCAGGCCCAAAAAGAGGACGCAAAGCCCGCUCCAGUAGAGGAAGAAAAGAAGGCCGAGGAACCAGCAAAGGAGGAGGAGGGGCCAAAGGACGAGGGCGACAAGAUGGAGAUCGAUGCGCCAGAGGUACCGGCGGGCGAUGCGCAAAAGGAGCCCGUCGCAUCGCCUGGGGAGGACAAGGUUCCUGAACCGGCCGCCGAAGAAAAGCCCAAGGAAGAAGAGAAGCCUGCCGCUGCCGAGGAGGCCAAGGAGGACAAGCCGGCCGAACCAAAAGCUGACGUAGCCACGGAAGCGAAAUCUGAAGCGAAAUCGGAUGACGGACCCGCAGCAAAGGAAAAGGAAGAGGCUGCUGCUCCUGCCGCAACUGAGACCCCCGCCACUGAGCCCGCGUCAAAACCUCCCGCGUCUCCCGCGAAACAACAAGAAGACGUGGAAAUGGCUGAUGCACCCGCCACCGUAGAGGAGCCCGCCAAAUCAGAACAGGCAAAGCCCGCCGAGGCGACGCCCACAGCAACCCAACAGGAGACACAAGACACUGCUGUCAGUGACGUACCGCCCCCCACGCCCGCUGAAGACGAGAAAAAGGACAAAGAGUCGCCUCAACCAUCCCCAGCCGCCCCAGUCGCCCCGGUCACCGCAGACACCAGCAUGUCGGAUGCGCCCCCGCCGUCGUCCAAGCCCUAUAGAGAACGCGAGGAAGACAGCGAAGAUGAGCCUGUCGCCAAACGCGCAAAGGUGUCCCCUGUCGCAGAUCAGGCCAGCGCCAAGAACGAGGCCAAGAGGGAGGACAAGAUGGACGUUGACAGUAAGCCUGCCGCGUCAUCUGCAUCUACCUCGGUCCACGACAGGAGCGAACCCAAGUCGCUUGCGGAUGACUCGAUUAACCACUUGCCCAUCUCGGACUACAUGAAUCGCCAGAUCCGUCAGGUGCUGGCUGGCGUCAAGAAGACCAAAGCGGGUUAUCACUUCCGUCUCCCCGUGUCGGAGCUCUGGCCGGGCCUGUGGAAUGAAUACUCGGCCAAGGUUAAGGACCCUACCGACAUUCAGACCAUGGAGAAGCGGCUCCGCGGGAACUUGGCUAAGUACCACACCCUAGGAGACUUCAAGCGCGACUUGGAGAAGCUGGUGCAAAACUCCAUCGCCUUUAACGGUGAGUACCACGACGUCACUGCCGCGGCUCGGUCGUGUCGAGAUACUAUCUUGGCUCGACUUGGUGGCUGCCCAGCAUUUGAGCCGUCGAGGCCGGAGAAAAAGGACUUUGCGAAGCAGCACCCGACCCGUCAUGCGGAACCGAGAGCCGCUUCCCACCUCUCUUCUCCGUCGGCGCCUCUCCCCCAGCGCCCCCAACAGCCCCGCGUUAACACCGCUGCUGUGCCCGCUCCCUCCUCAUCAAAGUCCAUCGAGUCUCCUGCCUUUGCCAUCCCUGCCAACAACAAUGGCAUGCCCCUCAUUCGCCGCGACUCGACCAAGCCCGAUAGCCGGGCCAAGCGCCCCGUCAAGCCGACCCAUUCCAAGGACCUCGUCUAUGACACAAAGCGCAAGAAGAAGCUCAUCCCCGAACUCCGUUUCUGCGAAGAGGUGCUCACUGAACUCCGCAAGCAGAGAUACUAUGAGUUCAACGAGGCCUUCCAGAAGCCGGUUGACCCUGUUGCCCUUAACAUCCCGACUUACCACAAGAUCAUCAAGAAGCCGAUGGACUUGUCGACGAUGCAGAGCAAGCUUAACGCGGGCGACUACGCCAGCGCCAAGGAGUUUGAGCGGGACUUUGACCUGAUCAUCAAGAACUGCAGGCUGUUUAACGGCGAGCAGCACAUCGUAUAUGAGCAGGCUCUGCGACUGCAAAGCCUUUACCGCCGUGAAAUGUCUAAGAAAGAUGAGUGGCUGGCUAAGCAUGCGCCUGCUCCUGCGCCCCAUCUUUCCUCGAACACUAGUCCUAGAUUGAAGGAUGAGUCGGACUGGGAGGAGCCUGAAUCGGAGGGCGAGCCGGAGGUGGAUGAGGAACUUAAGGGGGCCCAGCAGCGAUUGGCAAGCUACAUGAAGCGGUUGGAGGAAGAACAGAAGAAGAUCAACGACAUCAUGCUCGAGAUGAAUCCGAAUAUGGCGGACGUCGAGAUUGCACAGUCUGUCGUGGCCAUGCUGCAAAAGCAGAUCAUCACUGAGAGGUCCAAGAUUGCUUCCAUGCAGCCGACCAAGAAGGCCGCGCCUGCAAAGUCGCAUCAUGCUAACAAGCCUUCGGUUAGCAAGCCUAAGAAGGCCAUGCCGGCCGGCGGCAGCUCUCACCACGCUGGUGGCCAUGUUGCUAAGAAGGCUAGCGUGAGCCAUUCGAGCAUGGGCGGUCACGGAGGUGGUAUGGGAGGUAUGCCUAAGAAAGCGGCCGCUAGGAAGCCCGCACCGAAGCGCAAGAUGGGCACGGUCGAGAAGGAAGUUAUUGCAGCCGGUAUUGCCGAGCUGGAAGGCGCACAACUUGAGCGGGCUAUUGAGAUUAUCAAGAGCGACACGGGCACGGGUGAAAACGACUCGGGUGAACUGGAGCUGGACAUUGAUCAACUCUCCCAAGAGGCCCUCACUCAGCUGUACGACCUCGCCAUCAAGGCGUUCCCCCACCUGCAAAGGGAAAAGGAACGUACCAUGGCCGCUCAGGCGCCUGCUCCGCCACCUGCUGCACAACGGUCCAAACCCGUGCAGAAGACUAAGAAGAAUAAGCCCAUGAGCAAGAUGGAGCAGGAGCGUAGACUGCAGCAGUUGAACGAGCUGCGCGCCCAGGCCGGCCGCCAAGGCUCCGGUAGUCAAGAGCCUCUGGAGUCGAUCGAGGGUACGGGAAGGACUUCUGCUGAACCUGCUCCGCAGCACCAUCGCGAGGAGGACAGCGAGGAUGAGGAGAGCUCCGAGGAGGAGUAAACAGUUCCCGGCCACUUGGUCUGCUCGCUCUCCAGCCCAAUCUUGGCCCACUUUGCCUAGAAGGUGGUCUCUCUCUCUCUCUCACGUUACCAGGGCUCCAGAGGGGUCCGUCCGAUGUGCUACCUUCUUGCUCCAAAUCCAUCAUGGAUAAUCUGUGUAUGUCAUGCCAUGCUCUCGCCUGUUCUCUCUUCAGCUUGCCCUGGCAUACCUUUUGUGGCGGGAGCACUUACCUGAGGGCUUCUUGACUUGCUACUAUCGCCAUCCUACGCCCAGAAAGCCCUGAGACUUUACCUCAGAAAGACCUUUUGAUCAUUCGGGUUUGGCAUCCCCGUAUGAGUCAUUUUUUCCCGUCUCUAUCCAUCUCCCUUUUCCGUAGCAAGAUCAAUUAGCAGCAUCGUAUCUUAGCAGCGGCGCGCGUUACUCUGUGUCCGCUUGGACCUUAGCACAGAAAGAAGAACAGUGGCUUCAGUUUUUAUCGUUCAUCUCUCCGGGGGGCAAGGGGUGGUGGCAAAGAGAGUGUGAAGUUGAUAGAACGCUUGAGUCCAUCCAUCGUUCUUUUAAGUUGCUUCGUUGAAUUUCCACAACCAAACUCUCAUAACAACAUGAGGUUAAGCGGAGGAUCAUGAUGACUUUGGAGGAGGAGGAGGAGGUGGUGGUGGACAAAGUUGACGGGGUGAAAGAAGGAACAUAAAUAAAAGAAAAGAAGAGGAAGAAACAAUGAGCAGAGAAGAAUAAAAAUAAUAGGAGGAUAUCGAUUGCUUGCAAGGAAAAAGAAAAACGGGAGUCUUAUGCUGCGUGAUGAUGAUGGAAAUGAUUCGUGAUGAAGUUGCUUUUUUCUUCUUCUUUUUUUCUUCUCUAUGACAGUUUUCGUUUUGUUCUGCGCCUUGCGCUUUUGAAGAGCAAGAUCAGAUCAGAUUAGGAAGGAAGGAAGGAAGGAGAAUGCAUGAUGGGAUGGAUGGAUGGAUGGGGUGUUAGUAGGUAGACAAUGAUGAUGCUUUUUUUACUUACGUCGAGUCUGUCUUGUAUCGUUUAUUGGUGGUCGUUCGUGACUCAUGUCAUGGUGGUGGUGU